AUGAGUCGGUGUUCUGCGGCGAGUGAAGCACCAAACUGUUCCAAAACUGGUUCCAAUAAAUAUGUGUUCUCAAAUAUGAUUGUGGAUGAGGAUAUGCGAUUGUGGAGGAAUGCAUUUGAAUAUGUUCUUUCGGACAACAUGGAGGAUCAUGUAGAUGUUCUGCCUCAAAGCGUGUAUCCAAUGCUGACAGAAAAAGGCAAUUGUUGGGUUUGUAUACGCCUCAAAUUGAAUGCAUCUUCAAUGAAUAUUCUCGGUAUUGAACGUGCUCCACCAAAAGACGAGAAAGGCAUGACUUACUUGGCUUUCAUUGCUCACCUACAUCGAGUCUCAGCGGCUGAGGAACUAUUGUCAACAACGUGGAACAAUUCACGGAUUGCGGUCAAUUGGGAUCUUGGUACAAUCAGAACUCCGAUGCGCCGCACCGGAAGCACCGCACAGAAACGCAUCAAAUGUCCAACUAAAACAAAACAAUGCGACCCGAAUAAAUCCACGGGAGUAUCGGAUGCUGUGGCAGAUCGGGCUCGAGGACGCAAAGAGUUGGAAAACAAGAAGGAUGACAUCAAAAUGGACACAUGCAACCUGAUGCUAUGGCCUCUCUAUCCGGCAGCAAUGGAGAUGGAACAGCCCAAAGUUUCACCUUCCGUUGACAUGGACGCGGAUUCGAUGGGUUCCGAUUGUAAUAAGAUAAACCCGUGUGCCGUGGGCGAUCCGAUCACCGCGUUGCUUUGUGUAGCCAUGUCCGAA